AUGUUCCACGGAGGUAUAUGGGCAAAGCUGCAAGGCUUCUAUAAGUGGUAUGUGCUGGGGCUGGUGUCGAUCGGCUACAUCCUAGGAGAGCUCGGACAUUAUCUUAUUGGUACUACAUCGAAGGUGACGGCAGAUGAUCUCCACUACGGAGACAAGUCAUGCAUGCUGAACCUGACCCACGUGUCACUGAGCGACUUACCGGUCGUCUGCGAGAAAGUCAACUCUAGUGAUAUAUGCGAGACUCUAACUCUAAACGGGACGCGAUACUGCGAGUGGGGGUACAAUGGACUAGGUAUCGACUACCAGGUGCUGGCUGGCCCCGCCUUCAUGGCAGUGUUCACUGUCGUUGGAGUUAUACUUGGCGUGGUCGCUGAUAAAUUCAACAGAGCACGAAUCCUUUCCUUCUGUACCCUAGUCUUUGUGAUCGCGAUCCUUCUGAUGGGCACUGUCAAGGAGUACUGGCAUCUAGUCGUCUUACGUAUGAUAAUGGCGGCAGGAGAAUCCGGGUGCAAUCCUCUAGCUACGGGCAUUCUGACUGAUUUGUUCCCUGAGAAACAGAGGGCUCUGGCGUUGUCCAUCUUCAACUGGGGCAUCUAUGGAGGAUAUGGUAUCGCCUUCCCUGUUGGACGUUACAUUCCUGAUGUGAAUGCUUGGGGACUGAGCUGGCGUGUGUGUUACUUCGGAGCCGGUAUCGUCGGUCUUGUCAUCACGGUGCUCACCUUCCUCACUCUUCGGGAGCCUUCCAGAACUACUAUUGGAGAAGAAGGUACCACAAAGACAAAUGAUACGACUGUGGAGUCAGGCAAGAAGAUCCCUCAGGUGACCAUCUGGCACGUGAUUGCGCAGCCCAGAAUUAUUCUGCUAUGCCUGGCUGCCUCUAUCAGACAUUGUGGUGGUAUGUGCUUCGCGUACAACGCCGACCUGUACUACCGUGAUUACUUCCCCGAUGUGGAUCUAGGCUGGUGGCUGUUCGCUGUCACUGUUGGUAUCGGCUCCAUUGGUGUCGUCGCUGGAGGAGUCAUCUCGGACAAGUAUGUGGAGAAGAUGGGUGUUCGUUCAAGAGUGCUGGUUCUUGCGUUGUCUCAGCUGAUUGCCACCCUCCCCGCCUUCGGUUCUGUGGUGUUUGGACCUCUGUGGGCCAUGAUCACUCUAGCUAUUUCCUACUUCUUCGCUGAGAUGUGGUUCGGAAUCGUUUUCGCCAUCCUUGUGGAGAUAGUGCCAUUGUCAGUCCGAUCCACCACAGUCGGAGUGUUCCUCUUCGUGAUGAACAACGUGGGAGGCAACCUGCCUAUCCUAGUCGACCCUGUCUCCAAGAUCAUAGGUUACAGAGAGGCCAUCAUGAUCUUCUACGCUGGAUUUUAUGGCAUCAGCAGCAUAAUGUUCUUCCUAACAAUGUUCCUGAUGGACGGCCCUGUAGAGAAACCAGCUACAGAGGAACCAGUGAAUAAACGCAGUGGUCUCGAUAAUAGAGCCUUCACUCAAGACGAACUCCCUGCCAGAAAUACAGGCAGACCCCUACCUUCUGCAGUUAACGAGAGAUUGUAA